AUGAAAUUCCUCACCCUCCUCGCCGCAGCCAUGGUCAACGUCGCCGUCGCCGACGACCGAGGCGUCUGCAAAGACUGGCACCCCACAAUUUUCAACAGAAUCAACGCUUUCUGUCUCAAAACCGACAUUGUCGUUCCUUCAAACUACGCUGAAAAAGGUGCCGGAACGAACCCUACUGGCCGAGUUUGGAUUACUAAAGUGGGAAUCUUGAACGGCAUCGGCUGCAACCCUCCACAAUGGGUUCCGACAGGAAUCUGCCGAAGACAAUUUUACUCCGAAUGCGCUAGUCAUAAAAUGAAGGCUUAUUACGGAAGAUUGUCUUGUCAAGGUUGGUACAUCCAAUAUGCACCAGGAGCUACCAAACCCGUCAAAGGUUCGGACGGAUCUACGUGGUAUGUGCCGAUGAAGAAGCGUGAAGCUCUGCCAGAGGCGAUGGCUGAGCCGGAGGCGGAGCCUGAGGUGAAAAUGUAUGCUACGAAGGAGGAGGCGGAGGCUGCGGGGCUUGCUGCUCAUGAGGCGGAGGAGAAGAAGGCGAGGAAGGCUAAGAAGGCGAGGAGGGCGAUGAUGUGA